CUUGUCUUGAGCUUCAGUUUAUUGCUAGACAUACCUCCCUACUAAUAUAUAUUGUCAACCUAGAGCCUAGAGAGUUUGCGCUUCCUUUUGAAAACAUACGUUUAUCUUACCUAGUAUCCAGAUGACUCUUAUACUCAAACUUGGGAGUCACAACAUAAAGUCUUCUCUACUAUGGCAAAUACAUUCAACAUCCAACCCGUCGUCCGUUUCGAUGGUGAAUGCGAAGCUGUAAAGAGACCCAAGGAAAUAGCCUGCUUCUCUUAUGACGACAAGCGUGAAUUUCAUCUAGACGAUCGCUCGUUACAAUGGUACUAUCCUCCAGAACUUGGUGCCGACCUGUCUGGAGGGUUCGAUCAAUUCGACAAACAUGAUAACUCGAAGGAUGAGCACAUCGAUAGUCUACUUAAAACAAUUAUGGCAUAUGAAGAAGAGGAAGGGAAGAAGAUCGACGUAGAGUUUGUUACCUGGCGCGGCAUGAUGACAAAGAUUCUUUCAACACCGUUUGAAGAUCGAGAUGGCUUCGAGAUGAAUGCUACAUUUUACCAAGGCUGCAUCUUCAUCGAGGAGAACCAUGCCUAUGGGCUAGCCUUGAUGCAAGAGCAACAACAAAACCAACGAAAGCCACGACGGGGCCAGAUGUCGCCAGAUGUGAUGACAUAUUGGGGGUACAAAUUCGAGACGUUAUCCUGUUUGCCACGUCCUUGGGGAGAGGUCAGCAGAGCCUUCAUUGAGAACAGGGACAAGGAGGUUGUCAACAACAAAGCCCAAUACUGUUCCGUUGUUCGCACUGGAAUUGGUAAAUCAACUCUGUGCAUAGGAGGUGAGGUUGACGCUAUCUGGGAUUCUAAGCCGGCAGAAAAGGGAGCGCCUAUCAAUUGGAUUGAACUCAAGACUAGUGUCGAAAUUCGCGAUGAUAGGACCAUGCAAAAUUUCGAGCGCAAGCUGAUGAAGUUCUGGAUCCAAUCAUUCUUGCUUGGCGUUCCUAAGAUCAUCGUUGGCUUUCGCUCGCAGCAGGGUAUUCUCACGAAAAUCGAAGAAAUCCAAACGGCCAAGAUCCCCGAAACGGCUGCUAAGCGGGGUGUAAGAACUUGGAAUGCGAACGUGUGUAUCAACUUUGCGAGCGCUUUUCUAGAAUGGCUAAAAAGCACCAUCAAUGAUGAAGGUGUCUGGAGGAUAAGGAGACGUCCCCGUUCAGGGGUCAUUGAGGUGUUCAAAGUUGAGGAAGUUGGACAUGGAAGAAUUCUCACGGACGAAUUUAUCAACUGGCGCAUUAAGCUGAGUAUGAACAGCGCUAGUAAGUAGUUUCUGAGAUGAUAUUCGCAAGUAACCUUUACCAUCUGGAAACACCGAUUCCAUUCUAUAUAUCUAGAUACCCAAUUAUGAAUCCUAUACAAUUCUAGGUCGCUGUCUAUAUGCCAUAUGCUCCAGAUCUUAAACCCGCUCAUUGGUUUAAUUUCACAUACA